UUCCGUAUUCUCUUUUGCAUCUGCCUUAUAAAGGGCGAGCCAUGGUCAUCACUAACCAGCAAGAGGAGCAGCUCAUGAAGCAAUUGGUUUCCGAGAUGGAUAAUUCUUCUCCUUAGAUCAAGGAAAAGAAAGAAGAUGUAUCAUCAUCAGCAUCAUCACCAGGGACACAACAACAUCCUUUCUUGUAGGACUGCAUUUCCUGCAGAGAAGCAUUUGUUGCUGCAAGGAGGAAGUAUCCCAGAAGAUUCAGGACUGGUUCUAUCGACUGAUGCCAAGCCCAGGUUGAAGUGGACAGCCGAGCUCCAUGAAAGAUUCAUAGAGGCAGUCAAUCAACUUGGUGGAGCAGAUAGUGAGUAUAUCAUCAUCAUCAUCAUCAUCAUCAUCAUCAUCAUCAACAACAACAACAACAACAACAACAACAACAACAACAACAAAAAAGAAGAGGCUACACCCAAGUCGGUCAUGAGGCUCAUGGGCAUUCCUGGACUAACUCUCUAUCACCUGAAAAGCCAUCUUCAGAAGUACAGGCUCAGCAAGAAUCUCCAAGCUCAAGCAAAUGGAGCCGAGAGUGUUAUAGGUUGUAAGCUUGCAGCAGAGAGAACAAGCGAGGGCAACGGAUCACGAGCGAGCAACACAAACAUCAUUCCCCAGUCAAACAAAACAUAUCCGAUAAAUGAAGCACUUCAAAUGCAAAUUGAAGUCCAAAGAAGGCUGCAAGAACAACUUGAGGUUCAAAGGCACCUGCAACUAAGAAUAGAAGCACAGGGGAAGUACUUGCAGUCUGUCCUGGAGAAGGCUCAAGAGACACUUGGGAAGCAGCAUUUGGGGACUCCAGGACUAGAAGCUGCCAAAGUUCAUCUCUCUCAACUGGUCUUCAAAGUCUCAAAUGAAUGUUUCAGCAAUGCAUUGACAGGGAUGGAAGAAAUCCCAGCCCCGAAUACCCUACAAGUGCAUCCACCCCAACUUGCUGACUUCUCGGUACAAAGUUGCUUGACAUCAUCUCAGGGAUCACAAAAGGAUCUUGACAUGGCCAAUUUCCGCAGAAGUUUGAGAGCCUACAUGCAUGAGAAUGCCAGGCUUGAAGGUUCCCAAUCUGCAUGGUGCUACCUGAAUGAGCACAAGACUUUUCCCUCAUCCAUGUUUGGGGAUUCAGAAAGGACAUCUUUCAAAGUAGAAGAUUUUGUGUCACCACUUCCCGUGAGGCCUCGGGUGGAAAGAGAAGGGGAAGCUGGUUCUGAUGCCCAGCAAACGGAAAGAAGUGACCCGAAUGGCAAGAGAACAGCAGAACAACAGGAGAGAGGAAAGCAAUCAGACAGUUUUGGGCUGGCUGGUCACACAGCACAACUAGAUCUCAAUGCUGAUGAAGACGAUGAGGGUGCUACGAACAGCAAAUUUGACCUGAACGGCUUCAGUUGGAGCUGAUUUGCGGCAAGCAUUAUAAAGGCAUAAGAACACUGUACAUACUGAAAUUGUUAGCUCGCUCUCUCUCUCUCUCUCUCUCUUCUCCUUGAUCAUCACAGGUAACCAAAACAAGUUAUGGCUGCAACAUUAAAGUGAUUCCAAAAGACAGUCUGCAGGAGAUGAAGCUAAGAAGAAUGCAUCUACAACAAACAAGUUUCCAGGAGAAUGUUACUGAGAGCAUCAUGUUCUCAGAUCUAUGAUACCAAUGUCACCGGCAGUCACAAGAAAUCCACAGUUCAGUACCAUCAUAAAUAAUACAAAUUACACAAAAUAGAGAUCUUGUUUCGAGCAUAUGGAAGAACAAGUUCUGCGGGUUAAUCACUUUUAGUUACCCCACUGCCACAGACAUGGCAGGUUAAUCCCUACUUCAGAGUGGUCAUGAGUUCGGUGCAUUAAUAAGGAGGGCAGGGGAGUCGUACUUACAGUUUUGUCUUACGAGAUGGUGGUCUUGCCUUCCAAGUCAUCAUCCCCAUUUGGAGAACCGAGGGCUAUAACUCAAUAUCCUUGUCGAAGAAGUCUAACUUAAAGACUAACUAACUCGAUAGAGAAAAGAUUUCCCUCAACAGAGGAUUUUCCUCAAUAAAAUAGAGAGAUUUCUUCGUAUA